AUAGUUGCCGCUCAUAUAUACUCAAGCACUCGCGUAAUCUCUCGCAGACUAAGAAAACGAAUCAGACUUAGUUUAAAAUAUUGGAAUUUACUUUUCGGCUACAACGAUGACUGAAAGUGUCAGUGAAGGUGCAACCAAAUUGGACUUUGAAACUGUUUUGAAUAAUGCCGUAGGAGAAUUUGGCAAAUACCAGUUGAUUAGUAUCUUAUUGUUAGCAAUACCAGCGGCGUGUUCGGGGUUUAUGGCUGGAGAUUACAUUUUUACUGCAGCAAUGCCUUGUGGUAAAAGGCCUCUUGUCAAAAAAUGGAACAAGCAUAAAGACUUACGAGUUGUAACCCCGUCCCGAUAUCAACAAAAUGAAGCCUCCGUUAAAGUUCACUGGAUGAAAGUUAUCCGAGAUUUAGAACUGUCCUACAAAGACGAUAAAUUCUGGGAGACCCAACGUGACACCGUUCAGGAGUUGGUCGGGCCUGCCAUCUUCGGCAGACUAGCACAGAUGUUCAAACUCCCCCCUGACGAUAAGCACUACGAACCGCCGCCGGACACCAUUUCCCUCCCGGCGUCGGAACUAAUGUACGACAUGGGAUCAUACGAAAAACUUGUACGUUCAAAUAUUCACCGUGUUUACCUUACUUACUCCCUUACUUCUAGUUUAAAUUUUGUUGCUUUGUACAUUAUAAAAAAAUACUUUACCUUUAUUCUGGACGAACCAACUCACUUCAAAUCAAAUAUUUUGGAGAUGAGAAAAGAGUCAAGGUAUUCCGUAAGCGACUAUGCACCUUCAGUGGACGAAGAGCCUGUUGAAGAAGAGGAGUCUGAAUGGGGCACAUCGUCAGAUGCAUUGGACAACCAAACUUCGCGAUACAGAUCAAUGACAAAGUCUAAAUCCACUUCGUCAAAACAUUUUACGUCCAGAAUGAGCAUCACAAGAUUGUCUACAAAUAAAUCUCUUAUAAGGAAAUCUGAAUCUAUAAGAUAUUCCAAAAGGAUGUCAAAUAUACCAAUGUCGAUCGAUUCGCCAGCUUGUACCGAUGAUGAUUUAAUUGUUCAAGAUAGUAAGAAGUAUGGCAGAGUCGGGAGAGUACUAUUUGGAACGACUCAGAAAAACCCCCACUUUGAAAUGCUGUACUGCAACGAAUCGGAAACUGAUAUGAUCAAAUGGAAUUCCAAGUAUAAGCAGAAAGCUUUUGAAAUAUCGGCUUCUGAUGAAUUCAGCAAAAAAGCUGAGAUAUUGGCCAAACAGAUUUCAAAAGAUUUUUAUGAUUGGUGGGUAGGUUUAGGCAACGUGGAGUUUAAGAGCGAAAUCAAGCGCCCUGAAGAUAUCGAAGACUUAUUCCAAGUCUUGUUCGAUGAACAUGCCUCAAGAGCACUUGUACUGGACCCGAAAAUACUACCUUGUGUAUUGCCGAGUAUUGCGAAAUUUGUUGGCGUACCUAAGGCGGCAUGUUCGAGUGUGCUUAAGCGGCAAAUCGCAUACGAUAUUCACGCGGAAACUAGCCCUGCACAUAAAGAGGCCUUCGGCACGUGUCUCCCGCAGAGGAUGAAGCAUAUUCCCCCUAAUAAUGAUACCAAGAAGAUGUGGCAUUCUCUUGUAAUACCUGAAGAUCUUAAGACUAUGUCUGCCGUCUGGGACGAAAUUUCCCAUCUGACGUCCACAAAAUCCUUCCACUCGUGGCUUCAGAAGCGACCUCAUCUUCCAAUGGCUAAGUACUUAAAGUCGCUGGAGACUCCAGGAGAGAAAAAGCAAACGUUUGUGGUGCCAUCGGAUUACGUACUCGUUAAAGAAGGAAGUAGUUAUCAGGACCUAGCUCUGCCAGUUUCCGAAUUUACUCUUGAACUAAAAGAAGUACUGCAGGAGAUUAUGAACGAUUAAUACCAAUCGUUCGUU